AUGGGUUCAGUUAAUCCGCUUGGCAACGGAGAUGGAGGCGUAAAAGAGCUGGAUGUUCUUAUUAUCGGCGCUGGGUUUGGUGGGUGUUAUAGCCUGUAUAAGCUUCGUAACUUAGGGCUCAAAGUCCAUGUUCUCGAGGCAGGUUCCUAUCUCGGUGGGGUCUGGCAUUGGAACACUUAUCCAGGUGCUCGCGUCGACUCGGAAAUCCCAUAUUAUCAAUUCUCGCUGCCUGAAGUGUGGCGCAAAUGGAACUGGACGGAGAGAUUUCCUAGUGGAGAUGAACUGAGAGCUUACUUCAAGCACGUUGAUGAGACUUUAGAUUUAUCCAAGGACAUCAGUUAUUCCGCCAAUGUCAUUGAUGCGAGAUAUGAUGAGCCGAAAGCGAAAUGGACGGUGACAACGGAGAAUGGCCAGAAAGUGGUCAGUAAGUAUCUCAUCUGUGCCACCGGGAGCUCUUUCAAACCACACUUUCCCGCUUUCAAGAACUUGGAUAAAUUCAAAGGCCAAGUUAUUCACUCUACGCGGUGGCCCAAUAUUGCAAAUACAGAAAAUAAACGUGUCGCUAUCGUCGGUUCGGGUGCUACUGCAGUGCAAUGCACACAGGAGAUUGCGAAAGUAGCCCAUUAUUUGACGGUAUAUAUCCGUACGCCAAGCAUCUCGUUGCCCAUGUUUCAACGCUCCCUCAGUGAAUUCGAACAACGAGUUAAUAAAUCUACUUAUAACCGUAUGUUUGCUUAUUGCCGGAAGUCCAAGUCCGGUCUCGGGUAUGACUCUCGACCAGGUUCUGUCUUUGAGCUGAACGAUCAAGAACGGGAAGAGCUUUUCGAGGAACUAUGGAACCGAGGAGGAUUCAAUUACAACCAGGCCAAUUAUCGGGAUUUUUUGGUAGAUCCAAAAGCGAACAAGCUAAUGUAUGAUUUUUGGGCUAAAAAGACACGCCCAAGACUAAAGAAUCCCAAAAAGGCAGCAUUUCUUGUACCAGAGACUCCGCCAUUUGCAUUUGGAACGAAACGAAGCAGUCUAGAACAGGACUACUACGAGCGCAUUGAUCAAGACAAUGUUGAUGUCGUGGAUCUAAAAGCAAAUCCAGUUCAGGAAUUUACAGAGAAGGGAAUCAUUUGUCAAGAUGGGGUGGAGCGCGAGUUUGAUACCAUCGUUCUGGCUACAGGGUUUGAUGCGAUGACGGGAAGCUUAACGAAUAUGAAUAUUCAUGGUAGAGAUGGUUUGACAUUUCGAGAACGAUGGAAAGAUGGGGUAUUCACCCACCUGGGAUUGUGCAGCAGUGGUUUCCCGAAUCUGUUUUUGAUAUAUGGACCUCAAGCACCCACUGCAUUUACAAAUGGUCCUGUCUUUAUUGAAAGCCAGGUUGACAUAGUAGUUGACCUGCUCAAAAAGCUUCAAAGUGAGGGCAUCAAAUCUAUUGAAGCACAGCGUAACGCUGAAGAGCAGUGGAAAGAUGCAAUCCAAAAAGCUAACGACCAAACUUUGAUGCCGCUCACUGAUUCCUGGUAUAUGGGGGCAAAUAUCCCGGGCAAAAAGCGAGAGCAGUUGAACUACUUGGGGGGUAUCGAGCAGUAUGAGCGUGAAUGUCGAGCAGCCCUUGCCACCUUGGAAGGAUUUACUGUUGUUCAUGAUGAGAACAAAUAG